UCUUGUACAUCUGUAGCUGAACUUUCUUGGCUUCUUGCCCGUUAACUUUCUCUGUGUAUAAGAUAAUAGAUAUCUAUGCUGAUGUAUAUUUGACGAUCAACCGAACCUACUACUACCUAUUACCUAAGUACUUUCGCUGUACGCUACGUCGUACGUUGAAUUACUUUUAAUUCAAACUCACGUGAUGGGUUGUUUGCGUUUAUCUUUUAUUGUUAUUGUUCUGGCUGUCGGCGCUGGUUUGUACUUUCGUUCUACCGAAGACGCCCGUGUUAAAGAAAUACUAAACACGGUUUUAAAACUUACACCAAAGCCGAUUGUGGAUUUAUUUCAAUCGGCACGGGAUGACAGUCAUAACGCGAAAAAACAAGAAAAAGUAACUGACAAUGAAGUUAAAAGUACAAACCGCAUUUUUUCGAAGCAAGACUUGUGGGAUAAUUAUCGGGGUGGGGAUGAAAGCAAAGGUUUAUACCUCGCUUUUUUCGGCAAAGUCUUUGAUGUAAGUAAGGGGAAAGAGCAUUAUGGACCUGGUGGUGGUUACCACUUCUUUGCAGGUCGUGAUGGAACCAAAGGUUUUGUGACGGGAGAUUUUUCUGAUGAAGGUUUAACAGAUGAUAUUGAAGGAAUGGAUUCAAAGUUAAUGAUUGGAUUUGAUGAUUGGAUUCAGUUUUAUUCUUCUUCUUAUACAUAUGUUGGAACUGUAAUUGGUCAAUUUUAUGAUGAGAAUGGUGAACCAACUGAAGCACUGAAAAACGCUAACAAGCUGAUUGCUGAAGCAAAACAAGCUAAAAAGCAAGAAGAUGAGGAAAAUAAAAUCCUACCAAUGUGUAACUCUGAAUCAUCAGCUGCAAAAGGUUCCAGGGUUUGGUGUUCAACAAAAAGUGGUGGUGUGGAAAGAAACUGGGUUGGAGUUCCACGACAAUAUCAUCCACCAGGUGCAACUUCCCCUCGUUGUGCUUGUGUAAGGACAGCUGGUAAACCUUCUUAUGGAACAGAUGAUGGUAAAAAUCGAGGGGAUCUUGACAACCCAUAUCUACGCGAGUAUAAUGGCUGUCAUUCAACAUCAGACUCUUGUGUGAUUAAGCAACCUAAAUAAUUUAAAAACGUACUACUACUAUCUAUAGGCAAUUAUUAUGAUCAAAAAUGAACUCUAUAGCCCGUUAAUAAAGUAUGCUAAUGUUGUCAAUUACCAACAUUUAUAAAAGGGACGUUUUGUUUAGCAUUUUUUUUAGUGUAUAGUAAUACAGUAUACUCUGCGCAAAAUAUAUUCUUAUUAAGACACAAUAAUGUACUCGUCGAGUUAUUUUAAAAUUCAUAAAUACACUAUUUUUUUGCUUUGCAUAUAUGAGUUUGAAGCAUCAAGUAAAUUUAUUAUUUUUCUAUAUAUCGUCUAAUUUAUUUUUUAACUUGCUUUAAUUCUGUCUUCCUUUUUGUACAAAAUAAUUUUGUUAUUAAUUUCGAUCAAAUAUAUAUUGCCUUUUAUUUGUGUUUAAGCAACAGAAUCACCAAGUCUUCCAAUGACCUUGUUGCAUUGUAUAUAGGUAACAUUAUUGUAAAUAUUUUGCUGCUUUAUAAAGCAGGUUAUAGCCUCCCUACUACACCAUUUUCUUAGAACCUACUGAAAGUCUGUAAAUGCGUUUUUGUUAAUCUAAUUAGUUGCUGGUUUAAAUUGACUUAUGUGAACAUUUAUUUUCAAAAAAUGGAUAGAUACACAAUUUACGAAAUACGCCAUGCUUGUUCAAUGAACUGGGUUGUCGAAUUGUUUUUACAAAAUUAAGUAAUGUUAAAAUGAAUACAAUU